CAAAAUGAGGUCGGUACGAAGCUCCUCACGAACUCCGAAGCCAGUGAAACGCUUCGUUUUUGAUGAAGACGAGGAUCUCGAAGAAAUCGAUCUGGAUGAGGUGGAUAACGCCGAUUUUGAGCGGGAAGAUGAUGAAGAAGAAGUGCUCUCGGAGCCAUCGGAGAGCCCAUACACCUCAACGCCUAAAUCCUCGAAAAGAGUGAAUAAAACCCGUGGAACUAAGGAUUUCUUUAAAAAAGACGAAAGUUUGCAACUUUUUCGAUUUGUGCUCAACGAAUGUCGGAGCCAGAAGCCUGGAAGAGUCGGAAGAGUUGCUAAAAAACGAGUGGGCGUAAAUUCAAUGAAAUAUUGGGAACGAUAUAAACGAGAGAUUCAAGGAUAUCGACUACCGAAACAAUAUCGCUAUCACUACAGCUUCUACUCGAAAUGCUUCUACAAAGUGCUCGGAUUGACGCCAGAAGAAAAAGUUGAUCUAUAUUACGCGUGUGAAAUGCCAGUCGUAACCGAUGCUGAAAAGCAGUGGCUCGUCGAGCAAUUCCACGUGGAAUUUGACGAAUUUGGAGUAAUUAUUGGCAGUGAUGUGUGCACCCAUUGGGAUGAGGAACACUCGGAUUCUGAAGAUGAUUCGGGGAAAAAAGAGGAAAAGGCAAGAGAAGUGAGCCGAUACACGGAAUAUCACGAUGAUAUGAUGUGGAAAUUUAUUGUGGACAAGAUCAGCGAAGGAGCCCAACCAAUUAUCGAUAAGCACCCGAUUUGGGACGAAUUUGUCAAGUUGAAUGAAGAAAAUGACGUCAUUUCGAAGAAAUCUGGUCGUAAUCAUUAUGAUCGAUUCCGCCGAAUUCUGGUCCCAAAUCUCCAUUUUAUGCCAUACGACGACUUCACCAAAGCCGUAUUAUACGAAAGGCUCGAAUAUCCCAUUCCCGAGGAGUACCGAAAGAUCCUCUUCACCACCACCGGCGCUGACAUCAACGAAUCCGGCUUCAUUGAGUAUCUACCGCCGUCCACCAUACAUCAAAUUUCACCAAUUGUUCCAAUUCCGUGUCACAAAUCGAAUCCCAAAUUCUCGCAGCUCAAAGAGCCCAAAGAUCUCAUUUUAUGGUCUGAAAGAAAGAAAUUCACACCACGAGAAGACUCACAAAUCUGGGAAUUUGUCCGCCGAAAAUGUGUCGAUUCGGCUGGAAUUUUUGUGAAAAACGAUGUGCUUCGUGGUCGGGGAACACUGUUUUUCAAAGAUUUUAGGAAUACAGAGAGGAAAUAUGAGAGUAUUACGCAACGCUUCGUAGUCCUGCGUAAAUUGAUCAUGGACACCGACUACUCUCUGAAGCAGAAGCUGGAAAUCUACUACGCUAUCUCUCAACCAGUUGAUGAGGAUGCUCUUGACGCAUUCAAAAGCAUCGCCUGUCUCGUCUUAAAUCCGGACGGAACGAUUCGAUUCGCAAUUUCAAAAAGUUUUUUAAUUGGUCGAAUUAGUGAUGAGCCGGCGAAAUUGGAGGCCGAAAAUUACUCUUAUGUCUAUGAUUUAUUCAUUUUCAAUGAGACUUUUGGAACGGCGGAGAACCCAGAACCCCUCUGCUCAGUAUCUCAAAAUCGUGCUGAAAAAUUCAUGCUCGUUUCCCAGCUCGUUUUCCGCUUUAUCAGCCGAUUCGAGGCGUUGGAGGACCGACGAAUUGCCUGGAUUACACCGAAUGCUCAAGUUGCUCCAAAGGAGCCAGUUCCUGCUCCAAGCAAGAAAAAAAGCGCUUUUGAAGCCUAUCAAUCGAGCCCCCAAACUUUUGACACAAUCCAGCGAUUUUCUACAAAACGACCUUUCUUUUGUGGAGAUAACUUCCAAAUUCCGCCGAAAAAGCCGUUUCUCGCCGAGGAAGACGUGAAGCUGGAGCCCAUGGAAUAUGAAAAUUCUGAGCAAAUUGUGGAAAAUGCGGAGAUAAAAUUGGAGCCCGCUGAAGAGUUGUUGGACGCAGAAACUGUGACAGUUGAAGAGUUUUUGAUGAAUUCGUAUUCUACUGCUGCUCCAUCCACCUCGACCGCGCCGGCACCUCCAAAAGCUCCCGUCACUGCUCCACCAGCUCCUCAAAAAAGUGCUCAGCUACUGGGAAAAAUCGAUUUUGCGAUUGGAAAAAUGCGCGAGAACUUUGACAGAUUCCUACAAUUUGCUCAACAAAAUUCGGCGGAUUUGACGGUCGUCCAACGAUAUCGAUAUGAUGCUCAGAUGCAGCAAAUGACGGAGAAAUUCACCAAGGAUGUGAGCAAGGUGCUGAGUGGAGAUUCAAUCAAGAGAUGAAGAUGACCGAGGGAUUCGAGAUUUUAUUGUUUUUUUUUGUUGUUUUCUCUCAAUUGUUGUCAUAAUGAAAUCAGUCACGCGCUUCUGGAUUCCUUCGUAUUAAUGGCAUGAAAUGGCAGAUUUUGACGAGUUAGGCCGGGGUCGAUUUACGGCGCGUUGCGUGUUGAAGUCUUGGAAGUCUGUAUCGAUAGACCACCCGACGUCAUUCUCUUUUGACUUUUUGCAUGUCAAAUAUAAUCUCAUAUAGUCGUAUAUAUAGUAUUUAAUUAAUAAAUUUCAG